AUGGGAGGAUGCUCCAAUCUGCCUGACGCCUUCUGGGAAGUUUUGCUGGAUCUGCUUGUCUCCGCAGUUACCCUGCUCGUUCUCAAAGUUGUUUCCGACAGCUCAAAGUACGACAUGAUCGUCAACAUCUCUUUGGUGGCCCUGUUGGUAAGUAUGGUGCUUUGGCGCCUUUAUCUGCUUUGGCUGUCUUACUCCAGUUAUGGUGGAAACCUGCCCUACUGCUGCGGCCAUGCCACCGUUGGGGGCAAG